AUGAAUAACGAUGGAGUGGCUGUCGUUCCCGUUUCUUCAAGCAAGACUCCAUCUUCCGCCCAUACUUUUGUUUCACCUUCGUCUUCGAAUCUUCUGAAAAUGAACGAACCGCAGUCGACGGCGGAUAGCACCACCGCUAGCAGUACUCACACCAGCCAUACGGAGGAGAGAGAUCGUGGAUUUCUUGCAGAAACUCCUGUGGACUGUUCCCCUUCAAGUAUUUGCUCACCCCUCACACCACCCUCUUCCCUGUCAAAUUUUUCCGUGUCGUCGUCUUCAUCGGCAGCUGCUCCUAUAGGACUCAGGACACCCACGUCGUACUAUGAUCACUACAGCCUCGGAACUCUUUCUUGCAGUGAGAGUCCUACUCACAAUUACCUUUCCUCCGGUGUUAGGUCCAGCUACAAUAAUGUAGCGACCACACCCUCAAUGAGGACAUCGACAGUUGCGGGUAGCGGUGGUGUGGCCAUUGGGGGCGGGCCUUACAAUUGGCAGGCCUCAAAGGUAACUGUCAAAGAGAGACUGGCCUAUCUGUUUAAUACGGACAUCAUGAGUGAUGUACGAUUCCAAGUGGGCAAGCCUCCUAAUUCUCAGUUGAUCCCUGCCCAUAAGUUUGUGCUCUCCGUAGGCAGCGCCGUAUUCGAUGCUCUUUUCACCUGGAUGAAAUGCUCACCUUCAUCUAACGACAACGUUAUUGAAAUUCCCGAUGUCGAACCGGCAGCUUUUCUUGCAUUGUUACGCUUUCUCUAUUGUGACGAGGUACUCAUUGACCCCGAGACUGUAAUGACCACUCUGUAUGCAGCCAAAAAAUAUUCUGUGCCUGCCCUGGAGAAGGCAUGUGUUGAUUUUUUAAAGCGAAAUCUCAGCAGUGACAAUGCAUUUAUGUUACUCACCCAAGCACGUCUCUUUGAUGAACCACAGUUGGCUGCAUUGUGCUUAGAAACUAUCGAUAAGAACACCUCAGAAGCCCUUGCUGCCGAUGGUUUCACAGAUAUUGAUAUUGACACAAUGUGUGUUGUUUUGGAAAGGAACUCUCUGGGCAUAAGAGAAUGUAAAUUAUUUUCUGCCAUCUGCCGGUGGGCUGAGGCAGAGUGUUCAAGGCAGAAUUUAGCACAGACUCCAGCUAACCAAAGGAAGGUUCUUGGCAAAGCAUUAAAACUCAUCAGAUUUCCAUUGAUGUCUGUUGAGGAAUUUGCUAUGGGAGCUGCACAGAGUGGCAUUCUUUUGGACAGAGAAGUCGUGGAACUUUUUCUUCAUUUUACUGUCAACCCCAAACCCCCAAUAAGUUUUUCGGAUGUGCCCCGCUGUUGCUUGACAGGCAAGGAGCAAAUUGUUCUCCGAUUUUGCCAAAUCGAAAGCCGUUGGGGGUACAGUGGCACAAGCGAUCGCAUCAGAUUUAUGGUGAACAGAAGAAUCUUUGUAGUUGGAUUUGGACUUUAUGGCAGCAUCCAUGGACCAACAGAAUAUUUUGUCAACAUCGAGCUUCUUCAUUCUGACACUGGCAGAAUCCUUGGCCAAAAUGAUACUAGCUUUCAGUGUGAUGGUUCCACCUCCACAUUCAGAGUUAUGUUCAAAAAACCUGUGGAGAUUUUACCCAAUACCAGUUUUACUGCUUGUGCAACACUUAAGGGUCCUGACUCUUAUUAUGGCUCCAGAGGUUUGCGUAAAGUCACCCAUGAAUCCGUCGCCAGUGGCAAAGUAACUUUUCAAUUUACUUAUGCUACUGGCAAUAACAAUGGAACAUCUGUAGAGGAUGGCCAAAUCCCAGAGAUUAUCUUCUACACAUAG